GUUAGGCAAUGGUCAAAUGGCUGAUCCCCAGUUUAUCAAUAUGAAUACGAUAAAUGGAAAAACAAUUUCUCCCUCAUUGCCCAAGCCAUACACUGGUAGAGUAGAUUUCGUUGGUAACCUAAGCCAAGGCCAUGCUUGGUUUGUGAUCAAAAACCUGACAAGUAAUGAUACCGAUGUGUACAUUGCAAGGAUAAGUUAUGGUGAUGUCUCGGAACUACAGUCAUAUUCUGUUGAAUUGUCAGUGAAAGAUGGGUCAGAUCAAGUGCAGAAAUCAGAAAUCGUUACAGUUUCAAGCAACCAUACGAAUAACACAAUGAAAGCAAGCUCGCAAACUCCUCGUCCAUCUUCAUCGGAAGCAACAUCCAUAACGCCUCAUUACUUGUUUACGUUGUUUUUAGUUCUCACAGGACAAUUGGUAUGGUUAAAGAGGCACUUGGAUGAAAACGCUCCGAUUUUUGAAAGUUCGAAAAAUUUAAGUAUUUGAGGAUAAUAUGACUCAAUUGUAAUUAUGAACACCAAAUUAGUGACAAUUUUAGACUGGGAGCUGCUUGGUAUUGAGAUAUAUUGAGUUAAAAGCGAAAAGAACAAAAGGGUUGAGUAAAUAACGCCAUUUACUCACAAUUUAGAUGCUUAAUGAAAUUAUUAUUUUUUCCAUGUUGCUUGGCUACUGUCUGGGCCAUAUAGACAAGUUUAAUCAAGUUUAAAGAUAUUUAUAAUUUUCAUUGAUUUAUAUCCAAGUGCCCCUUUAAAUAAUAACUUUAUUAUGACGUUGCUCGCGCCAUCGUCAAUGUGUAUAUAAAGUGGUAGUAAGUACAAUGGUACUGUGAAUAGAAUGAGAGCUUUACAGGCCUACAUGACAAUGCUCAACAUUUGUUAGCAUCGAACCAGUGCAUUUAUGCAAUGCGGCGUCGCGCAAAAAUAUAAAGAGACUGCAAGGAAAACCGCACAUUAGAGCGAAUUCGUAUAUCACACUUUAGCAUGCUAAUGAGGUCUGCUAAUAUUCAAAUACAAAAACAAUAAUUAAAAAAGACACGAAUUGGAAACACUGCACAACUGUUUGACGUUAUAGGGAAAUUAGAGCAUUUUAUACCAUUAUUUUAUUAACAAAACAUGAAAGUUUCAAUUCAUUCAAAUAAAUCAUUCUACAUUUCUUCGACGAAUUUCUACAGUUUUUACUUGAAAAGUCUCUCUSUUUAG